GGGGCAGAGGGAGAGAAUAACGAGACACUGUAAGAGAGCGGAGACGGGGAGAUAGGAGAGAGAGACAGAGGAGAGGUUAGAGACGGGAGGGAUAAGGAGAGAGGAGACGGGAGAGGAGGGAGAGACACGGGAGGAGGGGGGAGCUGCGCUUGCAGCGAGAGGAGCGCUUUGCAGGAGCGAUGCAUGAAAAGACGCUGUGUGCCGGGCUCCCCCCCCUGCUGCUGCUGCUGCUCGCGUCGCGACUCCCCCUCGAGUCCCGCGCGCUGAAGCUGCGGGGGGGCCCGGGGGGGCCGCUCCCCCACCCCGACCUCGCCUACCCCGGAAAAUUCCACGACGAGGUCGAGGACGAUUCCUUCAAAUCGUGGGACCAGACGAAGGCUCAAGGCGCCUCCGGCGGCUGGGACCCGUGUCGGGACGUGCGCUGCGGACCGCACCGGCGCUGCGUGCGCCGGGGCCGCGACGCGACCACGUGCGUCGCGGCCCCGGGCGCGGAGCCACGGCGCAGCAGCGGCGGCGGCGGCAAGCACGGUGCCACUAAGAGACCGGCCGAGGGGGUGAGCCAGGGAGGGGGGGGCCCUGGGCGCAAGCAGUGCCCCCCAUGCCCCCACGGACCCCGAGACCCCGUCUGUGCCUCCGACGGGCACUCCUACUCCUCCAAGUGCAAGAUGCAGCACCAGGCGUGCCUGGCGGGGAAGCGUCUCGCGAUGCGUUGCCCCGGACGGUGUCCGUGUGUCCCCGCGUCCGACAGCACCAAGGACAUCACACACGAUGAGGUGUGUACGCAGGAGGACCUGCUGGACGUGUCGGGCCGUCUCAAGGACUGGUUCGGGGUUCUGUACGGGGACGGGCGAGCCGCACGCGGGGCCAUGCCCGCCGCUGACCCCGGGGGUCCCGGGGGUCCCGGGGGUGCCGCCGCGCCCCCCUGCGCGGGCCCCGUGGGUUGGAUGUUCGAGCGGCUGGACGGCAACGCGGACCGGCGGCUGGACGCGUCCGAGCUGAGCGGCAUCUACCAGGACAAGUACGAGCACUGCAUCCGCCCCUUCCUACGCUCCUGCGCCUCGCCCGGAGAGCGCUCGGAGCUGCACGCGGCGCAGUGGUGCUCCUGCUACCAGCGGCCCAAGCCCCCGUGUCUGGCCGAAGUGGAGCGCCUCCAGCAGGAGCAGCCUGGACAGACGUUGCUAGUGCUGCACACCCCGAGCUGCGACGAGGAUGGCUACUACCGCCCUGCGCAGUGCGCUGGCGCCACGGCGCGUCUCUGCUGGUGCGUGGACCGCUUUGGCCAGGAGGUGGUGGGGUCGCGCACACACGGACCUCCAGACUGCGACGGCGAUGCGUCCGGAGACUGGGGCAGCGCCGGCACCCAGAUCUGGCCCACGGGAGGCGGAGACGAUGAUGACCAGGAGGAGGACGAGGUGGACGAGGAGGCGGCGACGGGCGGUUCGAAGAGGGGGGACGAGGAGCACGGGGAUGACGAGGACGAGGAGGAGGAGGACUUGGAGGCGGGCGACGAAGGGGGGUACAUCUGGUAGGGUCUUGGAGGCGACAGCCUCCUCCAUGCAGUCGGGGGCCCGCGGGUGGCUCUGGCACGCAGCUCCCGAUGUCACCCAUCCCAGCAGAGCUCCGGAGUUUGGGAGCAAAACGAACCGUCGAUUAUAAAACCCCGAUGAGAAUUUAUUCCACACCUAGAGAUGUCAUAUGAACCCCUCCCCCCCGUACACCAAAGCACCGAGGUCUAUCAUCCAAACCGUGCGGUAGCCGAAGAUUGAGGUUCAACUCAACGUCGGUACCAGAUCUCUGUACUUACGAACGAGUUAGGUUCCAGAGGUCUGUUCGGAAAUAGAUUUGUUCGUAAGUUGCAUGGUGUGUACUCCAUACACGGGGAACGGCUAUAAAAGUUGUAUAAUGUCCUCUAGAUGUAGAUGCCACUGGUUCUUCAUGUUCUGUAGAUGCCACCACCGCCAUCUAUUGCGCGGCGGUUGAACUUACGACUCUCGGUCCGAACAGGCAACUGGACAUACGGACCAGGUUUGUUUGUGUCUCUCAAGUUCAUAAGUCGAAUGUUCGUAAGUAGGGGGCGUUCCUAUAUAAGACAUAUUCCUGCCACUCGAACGCAGAUGCGGAUUCCCAGACCGUCCCACCGAGUCAAUUUCAUACAGGUGGUAGCUCGAACCACACCAACUUGGUUGCACGCAACCGACUCGUUUGUACGUGGGCGUCUCUACAACCGGUUGCGAACAAUUGUGCAACCCUGGUUGCUAAUCACGGUAGAGCAGUGGUUCGUAACCUUUCCUGCAGCCUUGCACCCUUUUGGCUCUCAACCGUGAAAACAUUUAUGUUAAUAAAUACAUCGGUUUCAUGAAAACCAAGUAGUUGUACUUACGUGCCCACGCUUAAUUUGUGUUUCGAUGAUUUAACUUAAAACUGCGUUCGAUACUCCACGCUCAGGCGUCGAUGCGCAGUCACGCGGUGCAUUGUCACGUGCUGCACUGAUUGGUCUUUAAGAUCUUGACGUGGGGGGGGGGGGUGGAGCUAACCAUAAAGGGGCGGGCCCAAACACUUUAACCACGCCCAGACACGUGCACAACUACUCGCUCAGAUGCGGACAAAGCAGUUGCAGUAGAUUAAGCCGCACGACUUCAAGGCGAAGCGAUGUUUGAUGGCUCAGGUGCCGGACACGGCCGUCACGACGCUCGUUUUGUUGAACCGCGCGCGUGAGAAUCGAUUCUCGCCAGUUGUUGUUGAGUGUUUCGAAGCACGUGCAACCACCGCAGCCGCCAGAGGCGCAAUAUUCACCCCAGCCAGUCUUGCGUGCUUGAGUCAAUGCUGGUGAACUGCCAUACCGUUGAAAAAAUUACUAAGAAGACGUGUCACCGGUGAGACUAGGCCCUAAAGAAGGCUGUCUCUGGUGGAGACCAAUCAGUUUCAAAGACAAUGCAUCAUAUAUUAUCAGAGCAUGUUUUGUUUGCAUGUACACCACAAGUACCGUGUGUGGUUAAUGCAGAUUCCUCGCAAAAUGUUUCUAUUUGACCCCCCCCCCACCCCGUGAGUUUUGGGUCCCAGUUGAACGCGCAGCUCUGUAAUAGACGACACAGAAAAGUCACCAGAGUCGUUGGGGAGGAAUACUAAGAGACAUUUAAGCAGGCGAUUCGUCCCGUUCACCUAUCUCUCGAACUCUAAAGUCUCAACUCUUCACUGCCACCCCCCCAUUGCCCCCCCCCCCCCAUUGCCCCCCCCCCCCCCCCUUCCCAGCGCUCUCGUGGCAAUGUUCCACUGCCAACACUAGAGGCCGCUAUCGCGUUGGUCUCGCGCACUCCCCGAACGCCCCCCACCCACCCCCAUUGCCUUGUGACGCGUGCAGAGUCACGCGCCCAUUUGUGAAUGAAGAACAACAACAUUUAUCCCACGGUCUUCGCACCUGAUGGGCUCACAGUGAUGGCAUCACAUUCACUCCUCCGUUUAAGACCGAAAACGCGAAGACUUCUUCACAGUGCUGCCAAAUCGCCUGAUGGAGUCCGCUUGUUACUGUAAUCACCAGCGAUAGGUCACUGCGCUCGACAUGUAAAAUAUUGUGGGUUUGCUCUCCGAUGCACAACCCGUGUGCUGGAGUCGUAACUCACUGGCGCGUUUUGUUUACGUGGCAAACCUUACGAAUUGGCUGUGUCGGGUGGUGGCGGGUGAACGACACACAUUUAUAUUUACGCGAUCUAACCCCACCAAAAAAAAACCCGUUUAUGAUUAACUAAAUAGAUUAGCAGACAACUUGACUCCUUUCACGUGUUUGCCCCCACCCCCCUUCCACUACAUCCUUAGAUGUGUACACGUUCCAUCAGCCACGCGGCCUUCUGUCAGUGCGUGAAUUCGGCAGCAUUGGAUCGUCACGAGCUAGGAACUCUGGAGGAAGCGGUUUCGACAUUCGCCGUCUCAUCGGCAGCAGAGUCGUCACAGCUCUGCCAGUCCGACCCUGUUCAGUGUCCGCCUGCCGAUUGCCAGUGCCGGUUGGGGUGACCCGAAACACCAUUCGAUCAUCGUCGUUGUCAGCCACGGUCAAUCCACUGCUGGAUUAAGGCCUCCCCCCCAAGCCGCGUCUCCCGAUCCUGUGACGAAACGAUCCGCGAACGAGGCAUUUGCGCGCGAUCCUUACUUCAGCUGCUCACCUCUCUCUCUCUCUCUCUCGGCGUCCUCUCGUGCGCGUUCCACGCCUUGGCCGCCACUCCGUUCUUAGUCUCGACCACGGGGAAAUCCGAUCUGGUCGCGAGAUCUUCGCUGCUCCAACCCCACCCCCUGCACCCCCCCCUCCCCCACAUCCCCCGACUUGAUCGGGCGCAGUCGGAGGAUGACAUCAAACUCGUUCCACGUUUGAUCUCCACCAAAAGGGUGGCUAGGGGGGGGGGAUAAAAGCACGUGGUAACCCAGCACAGCCUCGUCGUUGCUCGCAGCGAGUGGAUGGUCGUGGAUGCAGGAGUGGCUGUUUAGGUUUCAUGGCGUGGCCAUCUGUGAUCAGUGGACACAAUCACAGCGAUGGGAAAGUGGGUUCUGGUAAGUGUUCCAAAGAGCCCCCUCCCCCACCACGAAUGAUCUCCACACCGUUUGUCGGCCUUGACGCGUAUCGUCUGUGUCGGGUUUACGCCAGAACGCCCCUUCGCUCCUUCCAGAUUGCUCCGACGGCCGCUCCGAUGAUGUGAAGUCAGCCCUCAGUCCUGAUUCGGCCUGACGACGACGAUGAUGAUGGUGGUGGUUGCAUCAGUCGGUGCGUGCCAGGGUUCAACUAUCGCUAGACCUGAACUAGCCUGAACUCUAGACCCAGCCCUGAACUAUACCCAACCUAACCUAACCCUACCCCAAUAUCCACAACUUUAUCCCUAUCGACCCGACUCUACUCCAACAUCUCCAUCCCUACCCCUAUAUCUCUAACCCUAUCCCUAUAUCUCUAACCCUACCCUUAGAGCCCUUCAACAUAUAUCCCGAAUCCUACCCCCCGGUAUCCCCACCCCUAUACUCCUACAUCCCCUAACCUUGGACACAGUGGUGGGGAUCGAUACUUGGGGGUGUGGGUGGACGAUGCCCCUCCUGGUCUCCGUGAAUGAAGCGAUGACGGUGGACGAGGUGUCGCGGUCACUUGGAAGUUGGGCGUGUCAUCGUGCUGCAGUAUAAACUGUAUCGUGUGCCGUAAAAUCCCGUGUACAGAUCAGACACGCUCACUGCUCACGUACACACACACACUCUCACGUAGAAACACACACGUGUGUGUGCCUACGUGAGUGGUGAGAGUCGCCUACAUACUCUCAAGCAGAGUCUACAACCUGGGUGACCAGUUUCCCAACUUGGUUGCAUGCGACGGACGAUGCUUAAGAUGUUCUGAAAACGUUAUUUCCCGAAACGUCGCCUAUUUGUUGCAUGAUUAUUAUUAUUCUUUUGUUCCUCUUUAAGGUCUCAGUGUCAUUGAUGAAAGUGUUGAGUUUGUCGUUUGUUUGCGCUUGUGCACCAGCGAUAACUGCGCAUCAUCAUCAUCAUCAUCACUGAAUUCAGGACGUCUUUGCAACCGGUUGCCAGCAGUUGCGCAACCGAUUGUUUGCAAGAGGCAAGCUAAGCUCUCAAGGAUCGAGCUUCCCAGCGAUUGCAUCCACGUGUUUCAUCACCACGCGUGCUGCACUUCUCUCAACAAGACUCGCAUUUGCCAAUUACACGGUGGCCAGGUGACGUUUCGGCCAAUGGCUCUUCUUCACCGCACUUACGAGGAAGUGGAUAAUGGGAGUUGGAAGCCGCGCUUGUUAAUACCACACAGGACCAGAUGAUAAUUAUAUUGCAAUGGUUGUGUUUUAAAAUUGGCAUAUGAACAGUGAGUUCUCUAGUAGAGGCUAUUUGCCACCUAUGAUUGGUUAUUGGUGUUCUGAGUAACGCGCCAUUUAAUGUCCGUGUUGCGCAACUACUCGCCCAGAUGCUGGACAAAGCAGUUGCAGGCAGGCGAUUUACGUUACCGGUACGUGCUAGCACACAUGCCGCACGCCUACACAGCAAUAACACACAUUACAUUCACACACACGUGCGCUUAGAAAACAAAUAUAUACACAUACAUAUAUAGAGGGGGGGGGGAGGACAUCACAAAUAAAUCAUAGCGCUUGGUGUUUUAUGAAACCCGCGUUUUUAAUUGAAUUUAGUCGGCGGUGUAGUCUUGGUCCAGCUGAUGACUUUUGUGGAGUCCCCCUCAGUCUGUGGAUAAAUAAAGCGAAAGCUUACUGAA